AUCAUCAAUUAUUAAUUUUACUCUUCUCUCCAUAUUUUUUAUUUUCCCGGCGUCUGAGCUCAUUGUUUCCCAUCCAAAUUUAUAGGAUGGCUGGACGCCUUUGCAUGCAGCAGCUCAUUGGGCAGAGAAAGAUUCGUGCAAAAUUCUUCUCGAACAUGGUGCCAGCAUCACCGAUACCAACUAUGCGGGUCAAAAUGUGUUAGCUGUAGCCGAUAAGGAUGUAGUGGAAUACUUAGAAGAUUUGGAGCGAUCGGUGGAUAAACGGAAGUCACCGCCUGCUCCUCCUGCUAGUAUAUUACAAGAGAAGAACAAUAGACUUUCUCAUGAAGACCACACUCUAACCACUGAUCGUAAGCAUGAAAUACAACGUAGAGACCAAGUCAGCCUUCAAAAACAUCCAUCGUAUAGUGAAAAUGAAAUGCUGCACUCAUCUGUGAAAGUUCGUCGGAUUGGUGAUUCUAAAUCACCAUCACCACCAUCGGAGUCACCGUCUUUGCGUGAGUCCGUCGACAGUGAGCCACGGUCUCCACCUGCAGCGGCUGAUGAGAAGCUGUCUUCUGCGGAAAGAAGUGCCAGUGAACCACCGUCAUUGCCGGGGUCGAGGGGUUGGCAAAUUGCCUCUCUUUAUGUGGUGCAGAACGCUCAGACAAAAGGGGCAAGAUUGGAGGGUCUUGUGAUAGCAGACUUAUCGACGAAGGAGCUUUCGCCUACUGAACGAGUAUCAUCAUCUGGGCGAUCGACAGUUUCCGUGGAGCGCACUUUACCUCUCAUAAAACCUCUCGAGCAACAACGAUCUUCAAGUCAGACGCCGUCUACAACUGAGUCUGGAAAAACAUCUGAUGGAUCCUCAUCAUCUAUCCAUAGUGGUGAUCAGCAUGUGUCUGCUACUGUUUCGAUAACAACUCGACCACUGCAGCAGCCAAAUUCAUGGAUAAACCGCGGUGUGCAACUUAUAACAAGAUCUGGCAGUACCUCCAGCUCGGCUACAUCUCGAUCGAUUACUACAGCGUCAUCGGAAUCCUCAUCACCCAUGUCCAUGACAGUACCUAUGUCGUCUGGAACUAGUGGCGCUCAGUCCAACAUAACAACCCCUGUACUUGCAAAGCCACCGUAA